CCUAUUUGUGUCUGUAUUUGUAUGAACACAUUAGCUGUUCAUUUUGAAUAUUUGUAUUCGUUUGAAUCCCUAGCAUGUUUGUGUGGGUGUUAAUGCACCCUGUCUGGUCUGAAGUAAAACAGAUCAUAACUACACGUUGUUCCUGGUGUAUGUCAGAUCAAGUGUACUACUCCAUGGUAAUUGCUCACAGUAUUAUUUAAUAUUAUUUGGUAUGCCGUGUUAACCAGUGUUCCAGGAUAAAGUGGUUCCUGAAGAUGGAUGAAUGACUUGGUAUGACUUGGUGUUAAGGUCUGUGCUAGUGAUAAGCCAGCAAGUGGUAAUUCUCGCACUCUGUGUAGACGGAGGCCAGGGAUUGGUGGUCAGGUCUGAUUAGCCGUGCUUCAUCUGUCCUGGAACAGAUGGUGCAGUCGGCUUACCUUCAGGCCUCGAAGAACUCACUUGAAAUACAUCUCAUUCGUGUUACAGAAAGGGCCAGAAGACCACCUCAGAUUCAGGUGAGAUUUCAAACUUUAGGGCUAUAAGGGUCACUUUAAGCUUCAGAAGAGCUUUUCAGAUGCAUUGAUCCUGUAUGGAUGGACCAUAACUACUGAGCUUCAACAUGUCAACUAGUGCAUUCUAAUAACAACAAGGACCAAAAGCGGGUAUUUUGAACUGUCACUCGUGGUUCAUUGGCCGUAUAUCCAUAUAGUUUGGUUUGUCUUUAGCAAUUAUAUUAUUUGCUAUUAUAUUAUAUUAUAUUAUUGUAGAUUUGCUCGGUAAACAAGAUGACGGAAACGUGUAGCAGAAGCAUGACCUACAGAAGCUUGAGAAUGGUGGCUCUGCUGCUGCUCUCUGCACACUUGCUACAUGCUUCAGCUCUUCCUGCUGCAUCGUCGUACGAGUUCACAGCCUACAGGAUGCAGCAUUACAGUCUGCAACAGGAAAAACGCGGUUGUCACGGUGCCAUGGUUGUUGCAGAGGCACGUUCACCAGACGAUUCGAGUUUGACCCGCCGCUGCGUGAUCAUGAAGCUGUCUGACUUCACAAUAGAUCGCUUUCUAGAGUCUAAGAGGCAGAAUGCAGCAGCAGUGCUCAUACUGAUACCUCAGAACAUCUCUACUAUAUCUGAAGAUGUCAUCCAGGGUUUCAUGGUUACAGAGUCUGAGGUUCUGAAGACGGUGACCCUCAUGCCUGUUUACGUGGUUCCUGAGGAUGAGCAGCUUUUAUAUAUGUACGCAGAAGUGAAGCACGCUGCAGCCACCAAGUCCGCCUCCAUCCUGAUCAGAGUUCUCCGCAGUAUGGUCACAACCACUGCCUUUCAGAUACUGGUGAACAACAACUCCCCCAUCAAGGCCAUCACUGACAACUCUAUCAUUACAUUAGAGGGUGUGCUUCCUGGAGUUGGAGAUGACCCGCCCACAAUUGUUAUCACCGCCCAUUAUGACUCAUUUGGCCUUGCACCAUGGUUGUCAUAUGGAGCAGACUCGAAUGGCAGUGGCGUCACCAUAUUGCUAGAACUGGCUAGACUCUUUCAACUACUUUACAGCGAUCCUCGCAACAAGGCGCCGUUUCAUCUCCUUUUCUCUCUUACCGGAGGAGGGAAAUAUAAUUUCAUCGGCACCAAACGCUGGCUGGCUGAAAACAUGGACCAUGCAGAAUCCAGUCUUCUGCAUGAUAACGUGGCCUUCGUUCUCUGUUUGGACUCUCUUGGUUCUGGUGAUGAACUUUUCCUCCAUGUAUCUCGACCCCCAAAACCAGAGACGCCUCAGUUUAGCUUCGUCCAGCAACUAGAAGAAGUCAUCUCGUCCAGGUUUCCAUGGGUGAGCUUUGGAACUGUACACAAGAAGAUCAACCUGCAAGAGUCUACUCUAGCAUGGGAGCAUGAGCGCUAUGGAAUGAGACACAUCCCAGGAUUCACUUUGUCUCACCUGCAAGACCCCAGAUCAGAGCGCCGGGGCUCCAUCCUUGACACCAUGUCUCGGGUGGACAUCAGAAAACUGAAACGUAACACAGUCAUUGUUGCUGAGGCCUUGGUGAGGUACAUGUAUAAUCUGUCACACAAGGGUUCUCCGAAAGAAUUGCAAGUGUUCAGGGGCAGUUUGGAUGUCCUGGAUAGUCGUCUAUCUGCUCUGAUGACUAUGUUGACUUCUGUGCCACGAGCCACUCAGCUGAUGGACAGAGAGCCGCAGCACACUCUUCUCAUCGACAGCCUGGAGCAGGAGUUCAGACGGCACCUUCAACAGGUCUACAGACACACCUUCCGUCAGGACCACAGGGAUUCUGACAUUACGUUCUUCGAUCAAAUGAAGCAGCCAAUGAUGAUGUACAGGGUGAAACCGGCUGCGUUUGAUCUCUUCCUGGGUGGCUGUAUUGCGGGUUAUUUAGGAUUAGUAUACUAUGCAAUCCAGAACUUUGGAAAUGUCUAUGCAAGACUCAAAGCCGUCAUGAAAAACAAACAGCAAUGAGACCAGUGCUGAAGCGUGUGUUAAAGACAGGUUAAGAAAACUGUUUGAGAAAAUAAGGAGUGUUAAACGGUCCUACAGAACAUUGCCACUUAUGUUGUGUUGUACUGUAUUUCACAUGUUUGUGUACUUUUAUAAAUAAA